GUUGGCAGCGCAGCAGGGUGAUGACGACAUAUUCGUGGGCCGGAACAGGAGAGCUUCUGAAUGCUGAUGUGUUUGAAGAAAUGUCGGCGUUCAGAUAGAUGUUUGUUUUUUGAUGGUGAAACGUGACAAGCUGUGGAAACGGUGGGAAUUCAGAAGACGCUGCGGAAGAGAUUAACAGCAGAGAGAGGAUGGCGCCUAAAGGUAAAGUUGGCACAAAGGGAAAGAAGCAGAUCUAUGAGGAGAACAAUGCAACACUCAAGUUUUACACAAGGGUCAUCCUUGGAGCCAAUGUGAUAUACAUUACUGUCAAUUUCCUGGUUUUCUACAGUUCAUCUUCAUUCUGGACAGGGCUUUUGCUGUUGUUUGCGCUUGCUAUUUACAUCGGGAGUUACCGCUCCAUGUCAGCCAUGGCCAAACCAGUGUUUGCUGAAGAUGGAAGUCUGCUGGAUGGAGGAAUAGACCUAAAUAUGGAGCAAGGGAUGGCAGAGCACCUCAAAGAUGUCAUUCUGCUCACCGCCAUAGUGCAAGUUCUCAGCACAAUCUCCUUUUACUUCUGGUAUCUUUGGUUGCUGGCCCCAGCUCGGGCCCUCCACCUGCUGUGGGUGAACUUCCUGGGUCCCUGGUUUAUGGCAGAAAAUCCGUCCGCCCCGGAGGAGGUGAAUGAGAAGAAGCAGAGAAGACAGGAGCGCAGACAGGCGAAGAAAUUCUGAUGCUGCACAGCCCACGGAGCAGUAUUUUUUAUAUGCAGAAUCUAGCACACAGAAGAAGAGCUCAUAAGUUAUUCAGGAGAAAAAACACUUCUUGGAAAUGAGAUGCUAUGUUUUCUUUGUUUUUCUUUCUACUCUCUUCUGUAAUUCAAUUCUCCCUGUGAAUUAUAAAAUUAAAUGUUUCCCAAUUUGAGGAUGUUAGCGUCCAAAUACCAUUUUGUCUUCAUGAAAAGUAUUUUAAGCUUUGAUUUCAUCAUUGCUGCCCCAAUAGACUUUUGUGAUUACACACAAAACCUUUUCACAUUGACUUUUCUUUUACCUUUACCUCCUUUAAAAGUGACUUCUUACUCAAGUCCAGAGACUUUCUCAUCUGCUUAGUCCUAUAAAAACUUUUCAAUAUCAAGUUUUAAUAGGAAAAUGGGAACAAUUUUGCAAUAAAAUCAUCUUUCUUCA